AUGUCGAAAUCGAAGGUGAUCCUCACAGAGUACCUCUUUCAUUUGGUUGUGGUUAAUAUUAUUCUAUCGGAGGCUGCGGGAAUGGCGAAUAAGCUUUUGGCUUUGGAUAUUUACAUCUUGGACAAGUUAGUCGAGAUUUAUUGAAUUUUUUAAUUUUUUAAAUGAUUUUAAGCUUUUUAUCAAUUUCAUAAAGCUUCAUGAGAUUUUUUAAAGGAUUUUUGACACUUCUAGGAGCUUACUGAAGCUUUCUGGAACGUUAUUUGGAAACAUUAAGGGACUUUCUGACGUUUCUUUGGAUUUUCUAAGCUUUUUAAAACUUUUAAGAUGUUUAUAAAGCUUUCAGAGCCGUUUCAGAACAUCUUGCAGAUUCGAAAAUGCUUUAAAAUGGUUCCAAAGGUGUCAAAAGCUUAUUAAUGAAAAAAAAAAACUCUUCUUCUUUUAAUGAUUUUCAACUCUUUUUUUUCAGAGCCGCCCGUUACGUAACCUUGUUAAUCUCCGUCUUUUUCACAGUUUUGUCAACUGCUGUAGCAAACCACGAUUCUCAGUUCAUCAUUAUUUACAGGGAUUCGUUUGCUUAUACGCAAGGGGUUAACUGGGUAAUUCUCAAAAAAUUACUCUCUGAAAAAAACUUGAAAAAUGGAUAAAUUCACCAAAAAACCUUAUUCCUUGAGCGCGUCAUAAUUAUUGACUCACUCUUACUUUCAAUUUUUCAUUUGGGGUGAAUUGAAAGAAAAAUAAAAAUAAAAAAAUGGAAAAAAAGAAGUCUAGAAAUUUUUGUAAAAAAACAAAAACCUGCAACAACAGUUUCAUUGGAAACAAAUUUACAAAAAAAUAAAAAAAGUUUUUUUCAAUUGAAUUUUUUUGGAUCUCCCUUUUUCAGUAUUCCAUAUUUUUCAAUGAUUUUUCCCCAGGCUCUCCACAUUGCUUUAUUUUUCGUACCUGUCCUCACAGUUAUGACCUCUGUAUACGCCCGAUUCAAUUUCCCGACCCAAAAUCUCAAAGUGAUCCAUUUCAAGCUCUGGGUCGACAUGCUCACGUUCGGCGCCUGUUUUGGAUUGGUUGGUUUUUUUUUCCAGUUUGUCUGCUAG